UGUAACUUCAAGAUUUGCUUAUGAUCCUUCUCGCCUCCCAGUAAUCUUGAGAUCCGACAUCCGAUAGUCGUUUUCAAUCUAGACAGUUGCCACUUUCAAAUAUUCUACACUUGGUCUACGCAUGAUCACACAUGACCUUCAAGGUUAUACUGACAGGUGUGACGGGCCGCAUUGGAGGAGAGGUGCUCCAGCAAUGCCUGAAGAACGCUUCCAUCACGUUAAUCGUCGCUCUAACACGACGUCCGUUACUCAAUGUUGAACCGGAUCCGAAACUGGAAGUUGUGAUCAUGAAAGAUUUCACGCAGUAUUCGGAUGAUGUGAUUGCUAAGCUUUCUGGUGCCGACGGGUGUAUAUGGUGUAUGACGACCCCAAAUUUCGAGCCUGCGUUAGAACUUGAGUACCCUCUUGCCUUUGCGAAGGCAUUUUCGAAGACUCUGGCACAGCACAAUAAACAUUUCCGGUAUCUGCAUCUCACGGGCAUGGCAGUCGAGCGCGACCAAAGUAAAAGCCUGUGGCUAAAGGGCCCGAUGAGGAAGUUGAAGGGAAAAGGAGAAAUGCAGAUGAUUGAGGUCGCGAAAGAUCCUGCAAAUAGCGGUUUGUGGGAGACAUUGAUAGCUAGGCCGAGUGGCGUUGUCCAAGGAGGGACGAUUCUCGGAGAUGUCCUCGUUGCAAUGCUGGGAGAGAAAUGGACGAUUAGAUCGGACGAACUCGCGCUUGCGCUAGUCGAUAUGGUGAUGAACGGAAGCGAGGAACAGCUCGUACAAGCUGUCCAAUUACUGAAGAGAGGACAAGAGUUGAUGAAAACUGAAGAAAAGAUACAGACGGGAUAAUAUCCUCCAGGUCGGACAUCAAGUUAACAUAGUAAAAUUCGCAAAGGGGAGCCUUCACCCUCAGAGAUGACGUGGGCUACAGUGCGUAGUCUUAGUUUUGAAUUUAAC